UUCCCCAUGUCUCAUGGCACCACCACCCUGGCCUUCAUGUUCCAGGGGGGAGUGAUAGCUGCAGCAGACACACGGUCCAGCUGCAAUGGGCUGGUUGCCUGCCCAGCCUCGCAGAAGAUCCUGCCUGUCCACUCCCACUUGGUGGGCACCACCUCGGGCACAUCUGCCGACUGUGCCCUAUGGAAGAGGAUACUGUCUCGGGAGCUCCGGCUUUACCAGCUCCGCCAUGGCAGAAGGCUGUCCACCGCUGGCGCUGCCAAGCUACUAGCCCACAUGCUGCACCCGUUUAAGGGCACUGAGCUGUGUGUGGCAGCCACUCUGUGUGGUUGGGACGGAGAUGAUCUGGCAAAGACAUCAGAAAGUGACUCAAUCUCUCAAGCAGAGGCACGGGGAAGGAAUCCGUGCCCCUCACCAGCCAUGAGUCGGCAGCACUGUUCUGCUGGAGGUAAACAGCUAGUGCGCUCUGGCCCCAGCUUGUACUACGUCUGCAGUGACGGGACUCGCCUGCAGGGAGCGCUGUUCUCUGUGGGCUCUGGCUCGCCCUAUGCCUACUCUGUGCUGGACGGAGGGGUACGGUGGGGGCUGACGGUGGAGGAGGCCAUCUCACUGGCAAGAGAGGCUGUGUACAGGGCCACACACAGGGAUGCAUACUCUGGGAACUGUGUGGAUGUGUACCAUAUCACCUCACAUGGGUGGACUCGCAGGGACAGAGAGGAAUUGAGAGAGGAGUAUUACAGAGAGAAGGAGAGAGAAAGAGGGAAGGUGAAGGAAAGGAGGGAGAAACAGGAAGGAGUGGAAGAUGGGCAGAGCAGUGGUAGAAAGAAGUGAAA